AGGUACCCCUGACGAUCCAGCCGGAAACCCAUGUGGACACCAUAUUCAGCGGAGACCUCCCUCGCGGGUUCUCUUGAAGAGAAUGAAGUUGUAAACGGAAAUUGUGUCGUCCGUAACGACCACUACAUUUCAAACAGGGAGUUCCAGUGUGGCGAGCACCAGCACUAACCAGCGCGUCAAGGGACCAACAGGCGUCACGAGAGACCACCGAAGGAGGACCGGAGCCAUCGUGGGAGAACCCUCGGACACACGACGCGCUCAUCGAAAGCUUCCAAUCUUCCACCACGAGCUUCACCGCGAGGAAUUCCGGCGUGGCGUGCACGAGGACCUACCAGCGCAGGAGCGUCAAGGGACCGACAGCCGGCACGAGACUCCACCGCAGAAGGACCGGAACCAUCAAGAAGAGAACACUCGGGCACACGGCGCGCCCGUGGGAAGCUGCUAAUCAUCGACCUCAAACUUCACAGCGAGUGACUCCGAUCGCGCGUGACAAGUAACUAAAACCAUGGCGGGGAAUUCCUGGGAGUGCUACGCCUGCAACAAGACGUUCAUCAAGAAGUCGACACUUUCCAGUCAUCGUCGAGUCCAUCACGUGGAUAGGCUGUUCGAGUGCGCAGUUUGCCAAAAGAAGUUCACCCACAGAGGUUCCCUCAAUAGACAUGUCAGAAGUCAUACUGGGGAGAAGCCUUUUGAGUGCGCGGUUUGCUAUAAGAAGUUCAGUGAAACUGGCACACUCCGAAUUCAUCUCAGAACUCAUACAGGGGAGAAGCCUUACGAGUGCACAGUUUGCAACAAGAUGUGGAGUACAGCUAGUCACCUUCGAUCGCAUCUUAAAACUCAUACAGGGGAGAAGCCUUUUGAGUGCGCAGUUUGCGACAAGAAGUUCAGUCAAGCUAGUAGCCUCCGAACUCAUCUUAAAACCCACACAGGAGUGAAGCCAUUCGAGUGCACAGUUUGCAGUAAGAAGUUUAACGAAUCUGGUACACUCCGAAUUCAUCUUAGAACUCAUACAGGGGAGAAGCCAUUCGAGUGCACAGUUUGCAGUAAGAAAUUCAACGGAUCUGGUCAUCUCCGAAUUCAUCUUAGAACUCAUACAGGGGAGAAGCCAUUCGAGUGCGCAGUUUGCAGUAAGAAAUUCAACGGAUCUGGUCAACUCCGAAUUCAUCUUAGAACUCAUACAGGGGAGAAGCCAUUCGAGUGCACAGUUUGCAGUAAGAAGUUUAACGUAUCUGGUACACUCCGAAUUCAUCUUAGAACUCACACAGGGGAGAAGCCAUUCGAGUGCUCAGUUUGCAACAAGAUGUUUCGUCAAGCUAGUGACCUCCGAGCUCAUCUUAGAACCCACACAGGAGAGAGGCCUUUCGAGUGUACAGUUUGCAGAGAAAAGUUUGGUCGAGAAUACACCCUUAAAACCCAUCUUAAAACCCACAAAUCGAAGGAGAAAGAAGCGUUAUGAAGCAGAUAUCCUUUCGAAGCAUCUCUGAACUCACAGUGGCUGUUUCAUCCACUGUUAAGACAAAAAAAUUCAAGCUGGGAAAACUUAGAACCUGGUUGAAAAGCUUUUUAACAGACUGUUGACUAGUGCUUUGACAGUGUAUUAAAUAUUCGGGAAUUUCAAUGGGGUCAAAUGCCACUUUAUUUCUUUUAGAGGACCAUUGUAUAAUGUUUAUCAAUUGAGGUGUUUGGUGUGUUGACUUCGCAUGUCGCGUGUGACCAGGCGUUUGCCUUAUAUAGCGCUCACCGUUUCUGUGAUUGCCUGAAUGAGAAUUAAAAAUGAUUAAAAAUAAGAGUCGA